AUGUUCUCUAAAACUGCUGCACGGUCCAAGAGCUACUUUCUUCGGUUACCAGCCGCUGCCGUGGCCAUGGGACAUAGCACAGUGGUACAACCUUUCCGCCGUAUGCGAACGAAAGUACGAAAGACCACUGCAAAAUUCCGUCGGCACACCCCCCUAGCUCCCGCAAUCGAGGACGGCGCGCACAACACAGCUGGAUUACCACCCGUACUAGCACCUUUAUCACCUCUGGAAAUUGAAACGUGGUACCAGCGCUCCCCAUCCCCGCCCCCACCCUCGUCUCCCGCUUCCACACCAUCGUUGCAAAACCACUCUGAUUCUGAUUCUGAUGCUGGAUCUCAACGACAAGACCCCGAAGACUUCGAUGCUCGGUCUACCUCUCAAGUGAGCGGGAACCCGCUAUGGGCACAGAGGUUCCUGCCCGGGCUCAGGAUCCCCAACGGCUCCGACAUGAACAACAAUGCUGGCGCCCAAUCGUUAUCCCCCAUAUCCCCCCUGCCCUCCCCUGUAUCGCCUUCCCCGCUAUACCCCUCAAACAUGAUUUCCCCGAUGUCAUUUUAUUCUCAAGAUUCUAUACCCCAUAAUGAUCACUUCUGCUCCUCUACGAUUGAUACGACGAUAUCAUUGACGACACCUACUACCGACAUUUUCACGAACACAAAUACGAAUAUCAACGACAACGAGAAUGACGAGGACCUUACGCCCUAUGGAUACGAAUAUACCAAUGCCCAGGUGUUCGGCGGAAGCUCGCCCACUGAGUAUACGGUCGACGGCCAGGCGAAUAGCAGUACUAUACCCUAUGAACUCCGGACGAAUGCCCUGAGGUUCAGUGGAAGCGAGGCUAUUGAAUAUACAAUAGAAGGGCCGUAUGGGACACGAAUGAAGGAGUUACCUUCUCCACAUAUCGAAGACAUUCAAGACAUUGACCCCUUAGAACUCGGCCCUCCUGCUCAAGCUACAACAAUCAUAGGGCUUCCUGCUGAAACCUCCCUCAACCAUAUUCUCUCUGGCCAGGACUUCACCGUCAUCAUUAAUGGACCCUCACCAGCGGACUCUGCUUUUGAUGUCCAAGCCAUCGAUGAAAUUCAACGCGAGAUAGUAAACGCUUGUCUCCCAUUAGCAAAAAUCGACAUCGAAGUUGCGUCAGGAUGCGAGGAGGUCGCCUACGCUGGAAAUGUCCUCAACGAUCUACUCUGUGUCCUCCAAUCCUGCUCUAUCUCCCCAAACGAGAUCGCCGUACGGCUCCCCUUCAUGCAGCACCAAGACGCCAGCACAGGCAUCAGCCACGCUAUGCUACAGGCACUGAAGAAUAUCCCUCCACUCGUCCCAUGGUGGCGCCAUGGAAGGAUGGACAUUGGCCAGCUAACUCGCCUCACCUUAGUAUACCCUCUCCCACUCGACGAUCUGAUCGAAAUGCUUUCCCGAACCCCAUGCGUCGAGGAGCUCAAUGUCACAUGCAUACUAGCUCCAAACGCUACUUUCUCGGUGGAUUUCAGCAAGUACACCGUUCUUAGCAGGUUAUCCUCACUCAAUCUCGAGUCGAUGGUUGACCUGGAGGCCUUCUUCGAGUUGAUCAAUACCCCCAAUCUCAAUCGGCUCAAUUUGAAAAUACGCGAGGCUGCGACACCCGAUGCCUACAAUGUUCGAUGGGAUAGAUUGGGGCACGUGAACGUAAACUGCCCCAUGACGGCCGAAGUAGAGAGUGCUUUAGUCGAACGCUGCAGAGAACUCAUAUCGGAAGGGAAAAUGAUGAUUAAUCAGUAA